AUGUUAUACGAACUGGUGAGUAUCGUGCGUGUUAGCAAUCCACUUGCAGCCAAUGCUGAAGCUAAAGAGCUAGCUACCACUAUUGGGAAGUUGAUUAUUCAGAAUAGAGGAGUUGUGAGGAAAAUUGUUCCUAUGGGUAAUAAGCUGUUGCCUAAGAUUAUAAAAAAGGAUCAAGAGCAACAUUUCCAAGGGUACCAUUUCUUGAUGUUGUUUGAUUCAUCUGCACCAGUACAAAGUGAAAUUUUGAGAACGUUGAAGAAGGAUCCACGAGUUAUCAGAUCCAAUAUAAUCAAAUUAAGCACUCACAAGAAGCUAGAUAUUCCUACGUCGUUUGAAAGAGCUACUGGUAACCUUACGUCUUUGAGUAAACCAAAGACAAGUCCAUUAUAG